AUCACAGGCUCACAUGAGGACAUUAACAUUUACCAAGGCUACAGUCACUGUUCCCUCUAUCCAAAUGGCACCAUCAAGGCAGGGCUGUCUCAUGCAUUCAACGGGAAGGACUUCUUAAGUUUAGACAUUGAGAGUCAGACAUACAUCGCUUCUGUUCCACAAGCCCUUAAAUAUAAAAGGCAGAGGGAGCAAAAUUCAGUUUUGAUUGGAAUCACUGUAUCUUUUUACCAAAAGACCUGUUUUGAUCGCUUGAAGUUGUUCUUAAGGCAUGCUCCUGGAGUCAACACAAAGAAGGCUCCAGAGGUGAGGCUUUUUGAGAGGCAGAGAGCUGGUUCCACUCUCCUCACAUGUCAUGUGACUGGGUUUUACCCCAGAGCGGUGCAGGUGAAUUGGAUCGGGGCAGGUUUACAGAUGGUGGACGACGAGAUGAAUGACGUGCUACCUAACGGUGAUGGCACGUAUCAGACCAGAAGGAGUGUGAUCAGACCUGAGGAGAACGCAGGAGAUCAGCAGUACAGCUGUGUAGUACAUCACCACAGCCUAGAGGGAAACAUUACCGUCACAUGGGAUAAUAGACCCUUCAGACUCCCUGUUUGGAUUGCAAUAGGCUGCAUUACCAUGGUCGUUGUAGCUGUGAUUGGAAUUCAAAUCUAUCGUCAGAGUUAAGCUGCCUUACAGAAACUGCCCACUCAUAAAAGCUGUCUAUCAUCUACCUCGUCCUUCUACAGCUCCUGAUCUCUGGUCUGACGUCUUUUUCUUUCCCACUACUGACAGUAUUUCAGGAUCAGUCUGAGAUACAAACCAGCAUUUAAACUAUUUUGUCUUCAGCACUGUAAAGCAUUACAAAUUAAGCAUUACUUAUUAUUACAUAUUAAGAUUUUAUUUAUCAUGUAAAUCUUAUUUGUCACUAAAGUGUUCUUUAGUUUGCACAGUGGAAUCCUAAACAUUAUUUGAAAGUUAUUACAUUUAUUGUUACAAUAACAGAUGUAUUACACUCUCAUUUUAAAGAGCUGACAGCACAAUCAUAAACCAUCACACAAUACCUUAGAGCAGAUUUAAUUCAUACAUUCAAAUCUCUCAAAACUCACUGGUCCGUAUUCUCAUAACUGGUCCUAUUAGUUUAACUCGAGCUACUGAAUUAAGUUCGUUUCAUAAAAAUAAUUAACUGUAUGAUAAUUUAUCAGAAGAUCUUUGAGGAUUCCCCCCCCCCAUAUUCUUGCACUUUACUAAUCUAAAAAGAAUGCUGACUUUAUUUUCCAGCUUAACAUCGGCUCUUAUUGCUGCUUUUACUUCAGCCAAUAGGAGGCAGUACAGCCUCAAAAUAUAUAUGUAUAUAUAGUGUAGCCUCUUUACUUUCACAGCACUUUACUGUAUGCAGUGUUUACUUACACUUUAAUACUAACGUUUGGUGAUUGUUGGGUGUCGUGUUGAGCGAUUUUCACAUCACUGCCUUGUAAGAUGACUCAGGGAGAAUCAUCAGAUAACAAUACAACCCACAGAGAGAGAGAGAGAGAGAGAGAGAGAGAGAGAGAGAGAGAGAGAGAGAGAGAGAGAGACUUGUGAAGAAUUAUUUGUCCUCUGACUGAUGUAGUUGUUAGUAACAUUGUCUUUA